AUGGCUGCGCAGUACAAGUGGGUACCGCUCUUGAUAGCGUCAUACAUUUUCUACGCAUGGGUGUUUGUUUGUCCCCCCACGCAGCUAAAUCCCAACUUGAACAAACUAUCCCCCAUCAAUUGCCAUUUCUGUAAAGUCAGCGACGCCGUGGUGAAACCCUGUGUGCAGCCCGUUUAUGAGCAACACGUGAGGCCCGUCAUUUUGACGCUAGAGGAGAAGUAUCAAUUGUGUCACCAGUGGGAUGAGCAAGUGGUGAAACGUGUUUAUGAUUCGAAAUACGGCAAUGCUGUCUUGUCGCAAUUGUCGGCUGAGCUGCACAAGGCAGUUGCUUGGUUUGAAGGCACCGUUGAGCCGUUUUUCCAAGACUUGUUGGCGUCGUUUAUCUUGAGGAUACGUUACGUGGCAGGUGCGAUUGUGGUCAAUGUCAACUAUGCAGUUGAACCCGUGGUGAAAGUCGCACGGGAUGGCUUGGUUUGGAUCAAGUCCUUACCGGUGAUUCAACAAGCUUGUGAGCGUGUGGAAGAGGUGUUUGCCAAGUUGAUGCUGUCGUCGCAUGCUGUGCGUAUACAAGAGAGAAGCUCGUUUCUCAAAGCUGAGUUUAAAAACUUGGUCAAAUUCGACGAGUUUCAUCCUCGAGAGUUCAAAUCCAGUUUGAUCAAUGUUGUCAAGGAAAUGUUGGGUCAGAAAAGCAAGGACGGAGACUGGCCAGAUGUUAUUGUUGGUGGUGAUGAUGACGACGAUGAUGUGGAGACUAUUGUCAUUGUGUCGACGAUAUCCGUCACGCAAGUUGCUGUGGCCACCGAUGAUAUCGAUCCUCUGUUGAAAGCUGUGCUUGAUGAAAUCAACUUUUGGGAAAAGCGAGUUGAAAAAUCAAUCGAGUUGGCUAAGAAGAACCUCGAGCAAGAAAUUACUCCCAAGUUGCAAGCGGUGAUUGAAAAGAUCAAGCCUGAGAUAAGCACGCUUUUCCAAGAGCUUCAAAAGGAGAACCAUUUGCAGUAUAAGGAAUUGAACCAGAAAAUCAGCGAGAUUAACCGCGAUGAAGAGAAAAUCAGAGAAAGCAACGACACGACAAUUGAAACCGUGACGCGGCAGGAAAUACGAGAUGACAUUGCCGCGGCUCACAAAUCGGCCGAGGAUUGCUCGCUCAAGGUUCAAGACAUCCUCAGCACCGAGCACGAACAAGUAUUGAAUGAGUAUUUCAAGUCGAUCCAAGAUACAAUCGACGUGUUGGAGACAUUUAGCGAAUCCACCAUCAAUGAAUUCUCGCAAAAGCUCCACCAGUUGACCUCGGCUUUGGAAGUUGAACAAGAUGAAGAAUCGAUCCAUUGGAAAAUAUGGAAAAAGUUCCACCAGAUUAAAGAACGUCUUUUUGAAUUUAGAGAUGACAUCUACGACAAGGCUCACCAGUAUAAAAAGGACAAUAAGAAGUUUGCUUCGCUAGUGAUUGGACUUGAACCGUGGAACGAGUAUUUGAGUCAAAUCGAGUUCCAUAUCAAUUACUUAGUUCGUGAUAACGCUGAUUAUUUGAGACUAGUUCGGGCCAAGGCAAAUUUAGCAUUUCAAGGAAGGGAAGAGUUGGUUCAUAAUUUAAGCGCAGGAGUUUAG